UUUUUUCCCUCUGGUCGGUUCGUUUCCCGACAAUCUUCAGACCCGUUUCCCGGUUGUCCUACUACCUAGCAUCCAUUCGUCGCCGAUGCCUCCCGGCUGACUGCUUCUUUUUGUAGCGUGGGCUCUUCAAUCCAUGUCGGGUCGGAACGCCCCUCGCUCAAAGAAUGGCUGCAGUACCUGCCGCCGUCGGAAAGUGAAAUGCGGUGAAGAGCGCCCUGUCUGCAGACGUUGCUUCACCUUGCGACUCAGCUGUGAGUGGGGUGUUCCAGUGAAACGGGGCAGGUCUGUUGCUCAGACGCGACUUCUCCAGCCUCGAUGGCCGAGUCAUGAUGUCGCCUCCGCGGCCUUCGCCGCUUCGGCCCCCGAGAUCGCGUACCCACCCUCUGCGAUUUCCCCAGGCGCAUUAUGGUAUCCCAUCGACCCUACUCCCGACCUGACGAGCAUCCCUGUCGGUCCUAUUUCCUUUCCAGGCUGGCCCGAUCUGUUCCCUUACCCGCCGCCGCCGCUUUGCCCGUCACUGUCUGGGACCGACUUUGCUUGCGCCAACUCAUUGGUGCUUUCCGAUCAUGACCAGAAGUACUUCCGAUAUUUUCCUUCGUCGUCGCUGGUAUUCUACUAUAUGAAAUCAUGGCAAUGGAGCAGCUUUUGCUAUUUGUACCAAGGGCCGGCAGCCACGAACAAGGUGAUUAUGCGAAUGAUUCUGGCUUUAUCAGCAAGCGACAUGCAUCGCAAUGGUCUCAUAGUCCGUUCGCCCGGACGGCCCACAGCGGAGGAUCACGGUCGCUACCACUAUGGGUUGGCCGUAAAGGAAUUCCGCCAGUCAUUAGUGUCACCGCGACAAAUCUCGCCUGCCGAGCUAGAGGUGAUUUUCGCUACUAUGUUUCUGAUGGUGACAUACGAGUGGCAAUACGGCAGCUGCGUGCGGCAUCUGCAGUUACAUUUACAGGGGGUGAGAUCGCUUCUAGAAACUCACCCGGAGUUAUUCCAGAUCAAGGACGUAAAUAAUGUGUUGUUCUCGGCGGAAUCGGAGUCGCCAAACGAGCCUGAGUCUCGGGUAUCGUUUAUCCCGGAGCAAUUAUUACUCUGGAUUCUGUAUAUCGAUGUGAGCUGUCAGCCCGUCGGGUUAACCGAGUCGCUCUACGCGUACGUCCUUCAGUCUGGGAAUCCCGCCCUUCAUCCGGAUCGACUAUAUCGCUGCGCCCGCGUGUGGGGGCGAUGCUUCUGGGGCAAGCAAUAUCCCGAUCAAGAGGUGUCGGACGACAUGGAGAACUACCGGGCUCUGGAGCUCUUGCACAUGGGUGUAUCAUUACGCUAUCGCCACUGGCAAUUACUGGUAAACAAUGUCCCAGAUUCCGGCUAUCAGGCGGAAUCGUUGUUUAAUGAAAUCAUGGCUGCCAGAGAUAAAUACUCCGACCUAUUUAUCACGGCUAAAUUUGCGGGCCCGGCCUCGAUGCGGCGCACCCUAAAUACGAUCAAUAUGGCUGUUUGCACCUUUUAUGCCCAACUACUCUUGCAUCGCCGCCUACUCUGCCCCUCUCAAGCUCCGCGCACGCUCCACCGCCAUGCUUUGAGCAACAUCCUCGAGCUAAUACACAAACAAUACGCAUACGAGCCCCGGCUCAUGCGUCGAUUGCACUGGCCGCUCCUUAUGGCAAUCAUCGAAACGGAAGAUGUUUUGCAGCGCGAAUGGCUUCGCCAGCGACUAGCCGAGCUGCGCGAGUUCCAUAGCGAGUACCGGUGGGCUAACGAAGUAGUAGAUGAAGUGCUCGCGCGGCAGGACGCGAGCAAAGGGGAGUACGUAAAUCUGGCCGACUUGCUGCGCAAUCGCUCUGUAUGAAGGCUUUAUCAGAGACGCCCCUCGUUUCCCUUAUCAAAUGCUUACAUCAAGCGAUAUCCCAUAGAACACAAAAUAGACAUCAAUAGAGCCACGCAAACACAUCAUUCAGUAUUAUCCCGAUAAUACGCAUCAUAGGCAACCUCGGCCUUAGCUCUCGUCACCCGUUCAAAACUAACCCGGUUGUUCAUCCACCGGUAUAUAUCAUGUCCGGUGUCAAUCUUGACAUGCAAAUGAAACCCCGUACUGGUUGGGACCCACUCCGUCCCCGUCCAUCAGGGCUUCCAGCGCCUCGGAGAGCCCGGACCAAGUUUCCUCCGUUCUGAUAUAGAUGUACGUUCCAUCAUCACUUUUCAGCACGUAGUUUGUAUUUACAUGCAUCGUUUGACCCUCAUAAUGGCUGCUCCGGCGGGAACUACCACCCCAUUCAGAUACUUCCCUCGCACGGCGCCUGGCUUGAUAGGCACACGGCGGUGUCGACCGUAGAACCCGUUAUCGAUCUCAAGGGGAGGAUCGACGGUACAGCAGAGAGCGAAAAGGUGGGUUAAG